AUGUCACUUUCAAGACUUGCCUUGGGUACGUUGUUGCUGCAUAUUGUUAACUGCCAGAAUGCUGACUCAUUGCCGCAAUAUGACUUUAUUAUUGUUGGCGGGGGUACCGCAGGACUUGCUGUUGCGAACAGACUCUCGGAAAUACCAGAUAUCACCGUUGCCGUAAUCGAGACGGGAGACUCGGUUUUCAAUAACCACAAUGUUACUCAAACCACCGGUUAUGGGUUGAGCUUCGGAACCGAAAUCGACUGGGCUUAUGAGACUGAGAACCAAACUUAUGCCGGAGGUUCAAAGCAGAUUAUGCGCGCUGGGAAGGCCAUUGGAGGAACGAGCACUAUCAAUGGCAAGGUCCCCGUUUCCAUGCUUCCUGUACUCGACGAAACUCUGUCGGAAGUCGGUGUCCCUUAUGACCGUGACGUUAAUGAUGGCAGCAUGGUCGGACUCACAUCCCAUCCAAACACCAUUGACAGAGACGCCAAUAUGCGCUAUGACGCAGCGAGAGCUUACUAUUGGCCUUAUGAAGAUAGGUCAAAUCUCAAGAUUAUCUCAAACACCCAGGCAAACAAGAUCAUUUGGGCUGAAGGGUCUCAGAGUGAGGCCAUUGCGAUUGGAGUCGAGGUUACCGGUGACAAUGGAACAGAAGUGAUCCACGCUUCGAAGGAGGUGAUACUCUCAGCUGGUUCUCUGAAGUCCCCUUUACUCCUAGAGCUAUCUGGCAUUGGAAACCCUGAUAUACUCAAAAAGUUCGACAUCCCCGUUAAGGUCAACAUUUCUACUGUGGGUGAAAACUUGCAGGAUCAGACAAAUAAUGGCUUGUCUUACGACGGUAGGGAAUUCUGGCUCGGUUCACCAACUUUUUCGGCUCUCCCAUCAGUCGACCAUAUUUACGGCGACAAUGUUUCUUCGGUUGCUUCUGCUGUUAACUCGAGUCUCUCUGACUACGCAAAGGCUGUAUCCAAUUUCUCAAAUGGAGCAGUAUUGGAGGCUAAUGUUCAGGCCGCAUUCCAAAUUCAGUAUGAUUUGGUCUUCAAACAUCGAGUUCCAUAUGCAGAGAUUGUGUUCCUUCCCAUCGCACAUUCGUUCACGACUGAAUACUGGUCUCUGCUGCCGUUCUCAAGAGGUAGUGUCCACAUGGCCUCUUCGGAUCCAUCUCAUCCGCCUUCUAUCAACCCGAAUUAUUUCAUGUUCGAGCAGGAUCUCAACAGUCAGGCUGAUGUAGCUCGGUACAUCCGCAAGAUAUUCAAUACAAGCCCCCUAAACAGCCUUGUAGGAGAUGAGCUUGCACCGGGGCUGGACCUUGUCCCUGAAGAUGGACCAGAGUCCAAAUACACUAGCUGGGUCAAGUCAACAUAUCGAUCGAACUUCCACCCUGUCGGUACUGCCAGCAUGCUUCCUCGAGAGAAAGGCGGUGUUGUUAACGCUGAUCUCAAGGUGUACGGUACGGAAAAUGUUCGCGUGGUUGAUGCUUCUAUCAUUCCGUUCCAAGUAUGUGGCCACUUGACAAGCACUAUAUACGCAGUGGCCGAAAAAGCAGCGGAUAUCAUCAAGAAGAAGUACACAUAG